AUCUUGAUUUUUCGACUUGUCAAAAUAUUUUCUUUCGUUCUGUUUAUGGCAAGUAUUAAAUCACGAAAUUAUGCAUAAAAUUCAAUUAAUCAACAACGAAUAGUGAUAAUGAACCCAAUUACCAAUUAAUCAUCUUGAUCCGACACAUAACUUCCCCAUGUUAAAAUUCUUACUGAUCACCAAUUGUUGUUCGUUAGGCCACCAAUAAAAUUUUAGCUGGUUGAUGUGGACAUUUACAAAAUAAAAAAAAAACUUUUUUUUCCUCUCUUUGCACGCAAAGUGGCAUAUACACAAAUUUUAUUUAAAAACAGGUAUAAUGCGAUUAUGAGAAGUGAAAAUAAUGUUGACAAUUGAGCCAUAGGCAAAUAAGUGUAAGAGAACAAGAACGAACAUUCGAUAAUUCGAAUUAUGGAAAAUGAAAAUUCGUUUUGGAAGCAAAACAAUCGAGCACUUCCCGGCAGAAUAAAAGAUCAAAAAGUUGUAAAUAAAGGUGGAAAUAAGGUGCCAACGUCAUUUCAGGAUUUCCAAGAAUCCGUGCAAGAUGCAUGGGACAUGGGUGAUGACGAAUUCUGCAAAAUAUCGAGCACGUCAGAUGCAAAAAUCUCAAAACGCGUCUCCCACUCAGCCGCUUUAAAUGUAAUCAAGACGCAUCGAAGCAACAAAAUUAUCACCGAAAAUAUUCACAAGUCUUCCAUUGGUACGAACAAAGUUGUUAAUUGUGAUGCAGUGCCGGCAACGACGGGACCGAUAAACAAUGAUCACAUCGACGCAAUAGACGAACAAAGUACUGAACAGUCCGAUCAUUCAACGUCCGAUGCUCGUCCGAAAUACCGUCAAAUUCACGCAUAUCCUGGCCGACCGCAAUUGCUCCGUUUAUCGUCGAAUUUAUCACGUGACGUCGAAUACGAAUCAAAGAUUGAAAAGUUCCAAACGCUACUGGAGGCUCCGAUGCUGAACUUGAUUGCACUGAAAGAAUUGAGCUGGUCAGGCGUGCCAAGUAAAAUGCGUGCGGUAACAUGGCGAUUACUGUCGGGAUACUUGCCAACCAGUCUUGAGCGACGGAAUUCGGUGCUGGAGCGGAAACGAUUGGAUUAUCACAGUUUGGUCGCUCAGUAUUUCCGAGUGGAAAAUCGCGACGAAGGACAACAGGACACGUAUCGUCAGAUUCAUAUCGAUGUGCCGCGCAUGAAUCCGCAUGUUCAAUUAUUCCAACAGAAUCUGGUGCAAGAAAUGUUCGAACGAAUACUGUUCAUCUGGGCCAUUAGACAUCCAGCGUCCGGUUAUGUCCAAGGCAUCAACGAUUUGGUAACACCGUUUUUCAUCAUAUUUCUGCAGGAGGCUUUAGUGUCAAGCAACGAUUUGGAUUCAUUCAAAAUCGAAGAUUUGUCGGAGGAACAAAGGAACAUUAUCGAAGCGGACUCGUUCUGGUGUUUGUCAAAGUUUUUGGAUUGCAUUCAAGACAAUUACAUUUUCGCUCAGUUGGGUAUCCAAGCUAAAGUCAAUCAGUUGAAGGAGUUAAUACAACGAAUUGAUGGAACCUUACACAAACAACUACAAACCCACGGCGUCGAUUAUCUUCAAUUUUCCUUCCGCUGGAUGAACAACUUAUUAACUAGAGAACUGAAUUUGCGCUGUACGAUUCGAUUAUGGGACACAUAUCUGGCCGAAUCAGACGGUUUUGCCGUUUUUCAAUUGUAUGUCUGUGCGGCGUUUUUGUUACACUGGCGCGAACAAUUGCUGCAGGAAAAGGACUUUCAGGGCUUAAUGUUGCUUCUACAAAAUUUGCCAACGCAUAAUUGGUCGGACUCACACAUCGGUAUACUGGUGGCAGAGGCGUAUCGUUUGAAAUUUACGUAUGCUGAUGCGCCGAAACAUUUAGAAGGUAAAAGUUGACAACAUAGCGGCUGCGGUGAAAGUAAGUUCGAUCGUCAAUACUACUCCUUCAAGUGCAUAUAAAUCGGCAAAAAAAAAACGAGAGAAAAUGGAAAUGGAAACUGGCAAAUUCGAAAGAAAGGGAAGAAAAUGAAAAACAAAAGUAAAACAAAAAUCAAAUCUAUCUACUGGGUGUCCAUUCUGCAUUCAAAAUUUCAAUGCGAUUUUCGAUUAAAAUGUUUUGAGAAUUGAUCACGAUUAUCUGUUGGCUAAGCGACUAAAUUAUGUUGAAAAAAGUAUAAUUAGACAGACAUGUAGAAUUUAAAACCAACAAACAAAAAGAAAACCUAUUAUGAUACUGGAAUACAUUUGAUAUAACAAUAAUAA